CUGCCCGCCGCGGGUUAAGGCUGGGACGCCGCAGUGCGCGGCGAGGGCCGCCGCACAUGCGCCUUGAGGGAAGAUGGCACCUGCCGGCUGCUGCUGCUGCUGCUACUGUUGGGGCGGUGCUGCGGCCGCUGCCGGGCGCGUCUUGGUGCUGCUGUUGCUGGGGGUCCUGUCCGCCGGGCCACACCCUGGCGCCCUGGCCACCGAGCACUACUCGCCACUGUCUCUGCUCAAGCAGGAGCUGCAGCACCGGCAGCAGCAGGAGGCCCCGGCGGGCGGCGGCUGCAGCCCGCAGUCUGGGGACUGGGGGGACCAGUACUCGGCCGAGUGCGGCGAGUCAUCGUUUUUGAACUUCCAUGAUUCAGACUGCGAACCCAAAGGAUCACCACCCUGUGACUCUCUGCUUUCCCUCAACACUGAAAAGAUUCUGAGCCAGGCCAAGACUAUUGCAGAACAAAAGAGAUUCCCGUUUGCUACUGAUAAUGACAGCACGAAUGAAGAGUUAGCUAUUGCUUAUGUGUUGAUUGGCAGUGGUCUCUAUGAUGAAGCAAUAAGACAUUUUUCAACAAUGCUUCAGGAGGAGCCUGAUCUGGUUAGUGCAAUUUAUGGCCGAGGGAUAGCCUAUGGAAAGAAGGGACUACAUGACAUUAAGAAUGCUGAUCUUGCUCUGUUUGAACUGAGCCGAGUAAUUACCUUGGAACCAGAUCGUCCAGAGGUAUUUGAGCAGCGAGCAGAAAUUCUUUCCCCUCUGGGACGAAUUAAUGAAGCAGUGAAUGAUCUCACUAAAGCUAUCCAACUUCAGCCCUCAGCACGGCUGUACAGACACAGGGGGACCCUGUACUUCAUAUCAGAGGACUAUGCAACAGCCCACGAAGACUUUCAGCAGUCCUUAGAACUGAACAAAAACCAGCCUAUAGCUAUGCUAUACAAAGGUUUAACUUUCUUUCACAGAGGACUUUUGAAGGAAGCUAUUGAAUCCUUCAAAGAAGCUUUGAAGCAGAAAGUAGAUUUUAUUGAUGCAUAUAAAAGUCUGGGACAGGCCUAUAGAGAACUGGGCAAUUUUGAAGCAGCCACUGAGAGCUUUCAGAAGGCCCUGCUGCUCAACCAGAAUCACGUCCAGACCCUCCAGCUCCGGGGAAUGAUGCUUUAUCACCAUGGCAGCUUACAGGAAGCCCUAAAGAACUUCAAGCGGUGUCUGCAGCUAGAGCCAUAUAAUGAGGUGUGCCAGUACAUGAAAGGACUCAGCCAUGUUGCAAUGGGACAGUUUUAUGAAGGGAUAAAAGCACAAACUAAAGUUAUGCUAAAUGAUCCUCUCCCGGGCCAGAAAGCCAGCCCAGAGUAUCUUAAAGUGAAAUAUCUCCGAGAGUAUUCUCGAUAUCUUCAUGCACACCUUGAUACUCCCCUUACGGAAUAUAACAUUGAUGUGGAUCUGCCUGGAAGCUUCAAAGACCACUGGGCUAAGAAUCUGCCUUUCCUCAUAGAAGACUAUGAAGAGCAGCCAGGGUUGCAACCACACAUAAAAGAUGUGUUACAUCAGAAUUUUGAGAGUUAUAAGCCUGAGGUCCAAGAGCUGAUUUGUGUAGCUGAUCGUUUGGGAUCGCUGAUGCAAUAUGAAACACCUGGUUUCCUGCCAAACAAGAGAAUACACCGAGCCAUGGGUUUGGCAGCCUUGGAAGUCAUGCAAGCUGUACAGCGUACAUGGACCAACUCGAAGGUUCGAAUGAAUGGAAAAACACGGCUGAUGCAGUGGAGAGACAUGUUUGACAUCGCAGUAAAGUGGAGACGGAUUGCUGACCCAGACCAGCCAGUGCUAUGGUUAGAUCAAAUGCCAGCACGAAGUCUUAGCAGAGGUUUUAACAAUCACAUCAAUUUAAUCAGGGGUCAAGUGAUUAACAUGAGAUACCUGGAAUAUUUUGAGAAAAUUCUUCAUUUUAUUAAAGAUAGAAUUCUUGUUUAUCAUGGAGCUAAUAAUCCUAAAGGAUUGUUGGAAGUUAGAGAAGCUCUGGAAAAGGUACACAAAGUAGAAGACCUUCUUCCAAUUAUGAAGCAGUUUAAUACUAAAACGAAGGAUGGGUUCACUGUGAACACAAAAGUUCCCAGCCUCAAAGAUCAAGGGAAGGAAUAUGAUGGAUUCACAAUCACUAUUACAGGAGACAAGGUUGGCAAUAUACUAUUUUCUGUUGAAACACAAACUACAGAAGAAAGAACACAAUUAUAUCAUGCUGAAAUAGAUGCACUUUAUAAAGAUCUAACAGCAAAAGGAAAAGUACUGAUUCUUUCAUCAGAAUUUGGGGAGGCUGAUGCUGUUUGCAAUUUAAUCUUAUCCUUAGUUUAUUACUUUUAUAAUUUAAUGCCACUCUCUCGAGGAUCCAGUGUAAUAGCUUACUCAGUGAUCGUGGGAGCACUGAUGGCAAGUGGAAAAGAAGUUGCAGGGAAAAUUCCCAAAGGGAAGUUAGUUGACUUUGAAGCUAUGACAGCUCCUGGUUCAGAGGCCUUUAGCAAAAUAGCUAAAAGCUGGAUGAACUUGAAAAGUAUUUCACCCUCUUAUAAGACUCUUCCAUCGGUAUCAGAGACGUUCCCGACGUUAAGAUCCAUGAUCGAGGUGCUAAACACUGACUCCUCUCCACGUUGUCUUAAGAAACUGUAGCUACACCGUGGUAUUUAUACAAGGAAAGGGCCGGACCUCUUACUUCUUAAGUUAUUUUUUAAAACAUGGAAUUAUAAUGAAACUAGGUCCUUUAUUACUUUUGAUACCAAUUUUUGAUAGGAAUUGAAUACUUGAAAUCAUUUUCUUUACUUCUCUGAACCAUAACAAAAAUCAUGAAAGAGGGGGGAAAAAGCUGUGUGUCUGGGAGGGAAAGUGUAUGUAUUAGCCAGUGGCCUAUUGGUUUCCACUUAAAAAUUCAUACAACUCCUUCAAAGUUUACUUCAAAAACCAAAAAUUAUUAUUAAAAGGAGCAAAACCAAUAACAAAACAGAAGUGUUUUCAUUCCUCUAAAGAUUUGGAUAUUUUUCAAAGACUUCUUUUUUAUGUGCAUUGAUAGGCUGUCUUGUUUUCAACUCACAUAAUCUUCAUGUGUGGGUUCUCUGCUUUAUUUGAACUCUGGAAGCUUCCUGGGCCGUCAACAUGCGCCACAGAGCUCACAGCCGGAACACUUAUUUUGACAGUAUUUGCCAGUGACACAAACACUGAAUUACUGAACCAUAGUUUUUUUUUUCUCUCUUUGUUGGAAAAAAUAAACAGUGGUGGUUUCUCUAAAUCACCAGUUUUUGACACUGGAUUAUGUAUGUUUUUAUUUUGUGAACUACUUUCUCUUUCAGGUCUAAGAACAUUCAGAAAAUAACUGAUUUUUUUUCGGACAGGGUAAAUGACAAUGAGUAAAAUGCCUUCAUUAAAU